AUGCAAUUGAAAGAUCGGCUGAUCGCUGGCAUUAACAAUACCGUUUUGCAAAAUGAACUUCUGAAGCUACCCAAUCCGACGUUCAAAGGUGUGCGGCCUCAUUGUGAACAAUAUCAGGACAUUCGCGCCGCUACUUUAUCCAUGCCGUCCACCAUUGAAUCUAAAGCCAUGUUCAAUUCACUAAAGACUAAAUCCACGGAAGCUCAUGCUACAGCCGGACGUUUCAAACUAGUUACACAAUCUAACUCACACAAUGUGACAUAUUCGGAUAAAUCCUAUGGCAAUUUUGCAUCCUGUGGCAAACGUCAUUCCAGAUUCACAUGUCGAUUUCGUUACGUUUUAUGUCAUAAGUGUGAAAAAACUGGCCAUAUUCAGUCUGUUUGUCGCAAUACCAAAACCUGUCGUUUAAUUCAAGCCCGGGACUCAGAAGUUAGUAAUAUGGCCAAACAUUUUUCUUCUUUAUCUUUGGCUAUUACCUCCCAUUCCGGUCACAUCAGUAAACGACUAUUCAGUUCCACUGGUAAUUCGCUUCAUUUCAUUUUGGACACUGGUAGUGUGGAAUCUCUGAUUUCUUUUCACGAUCUAAAACUGUUUACUCCAGAUGCUAAACUUCAGUCGUCCACUAUCACCAUUAAUUGCAUCACUGGACACUCACUGCCUGUUGUUGGUUCUUGUGAGAUUUCAGUCAGUGAUGAACAUUCUAAAACUGUUACCUGUACAUUCAUUGUAAUCAAAUCUGGCCCAUCCAUACUAGGCUUGAAGGCCAUGCAAGCAUUAAAUGUCAAUCUUUUUUUGCUAACCUCUAUCGAUACUCAAAAUGAAUUGAACGAUUUGAUUAUUACAUUUUCAACGGCCAGUGGUGACAUGACAAUUUCCCCAGUGAGACUACCAGUUAAUGGCGAUUCAGUAUUUCUCAAACGCCGAGUCAUUCCAUAUGGCCUUCGCGAACCUGUCAUGAAUGCAUUGAACAACUUGUGUUCCAAAGAUGUUAUAGAGAAAGGGUCGUCUUCUGCAUGGGGUACACCAAUUGUCGCACCACUCAAUCGGAUGGCAAGACCUCGAGCAUAUGUGGUGACUACCGAAUCACCUUAA